AUGGCGACCCGCAUCGGCCACCUGCUGCAUCGCGCCCCGGGCGCGUCGACUCCGGUCCCUGACGACGACGACGACGGCGCCAAUCCGCGCGGGGCGACCGACGCGGACGCGGCCCCGUCCACGCCUCCCCACGGCGCCGGCCGCACCGUCCAACUCGGCGACCUCGUAGUUGUGUACGAGGGAUUCAACCGGCAGAAGGCCGUCACCGUCACCGAGAAGGGAUGCUACCAGAACAGGUACGGCAACUUCCACCACAGGGAGUGGGUGGGUAAGCCGUACGGGAGUAAAGUGUACGGCAAGGGCGACGCCGGGUUCGUCUGGCUGCUCGCGCCCACCCCCGAGCUGUGGACCAAGGUGCUGCCCCAUCGCACGCAGAUCCUCUACCUCCCCGACAUCUCGUUAGUGUGCCACGCGUUGGAGCUCAAACCCGGGUCGGUGGUCCUCGAAUCCGGCACCGGGUCCGGUUCUCUGACGCACUCGCUCAUCCGAGCGGUCGCCCCGACCGGUCACGUGUACACCUUCGAGUUCAACCGCGUCCGCGCGGAGGCGGCGAGCGCGGAGAUCGUGGACCACGGCCUCGCCGACUUUUGCACGGUGACGCACCGAGACAUCGAGGCGAAUGGAUUCCCUGGCGAGCUGGAGGAUCGAUGCGACGCCGCGUUCCUCGACCUCCCGGGGCCGUGGAAGUGCAUCCCUUCCGUCGCCAAGUGCCUGCGCCCCGACGGCGUCGUGUGCUCCUUCUCGCCGUGCAUCGAGCAGGUCCAGCGGUGCUGCGAGGCGCUGGAAGCCAACGGGUUCGGCGACUGCCAAACCGUCGAGCUCCUCGGGAGGGAGUACGACGUCGAGGCGAGGGAGUUGCAGAGGGACCUCGCGCUGGCGCAGCCCAAGCUGUCGUCGAGGUGGAAGCGCGAGGCGAAGGAAAAGGCGCGGCGAAAGCGCAAGCACGUGGACGGCGGUGACGGGGAUGGCGACGGGGACGGGGGCGGCGAUGUGCAACUCGAGCCCAAACCGGUUGUGGUGGCGCACCCGAGGCAGGAGGCGCAGCACCACACGGGGUACCUGACGUUCGCCAGGUUGUCGCCGCUCGUGACGGGGGAGAUGAUCGACGCGGCGAGAGCGGCGGGGGGCGGUGGGACGAGGCGGCGGGGGGGCGGGGGAUACGACGAGGACGAGCUGUCGGAGUGA